AACGUCAGAACGUAUUCCCAGAGCUCAGACAAAUUCAUCGUUAUGGACAUCUCUAAUCGAUUCUGCGUUAGCGUUGAAGGUGUUGUCAUUCCUCGAUUUCUUUCUGAAGAAUGCUUCAGAUCAGCUCUGCGUUUCAAACCUAAGAGGGGAGAUGUUUUUGUGGCAACCUACCCGAAAUGUGGAACUACUUGGAUGCAAAAUCUAGUUUUGAACAUAAUGCGAAGAGGGAGAAAUUUCGAGAAACCUUCGGACUUUCAUUUUGCUAGCCCAUUCUUGGAUAUGUUGGGCGCAGAGGAUUCGGAAAAAAUUAUGAUUCGUCCUGGAUGUUAUAAAACGCAUUUACCUUUGCACAAGGUGCCUUGGUCUGAUGAUGCGAAGUACAUUUAUGUUGCCAGAAAUCCUAAAGACUGUUGCGUAUCCCUCUACCAUCACAUGAAAAACUUGCCUGGCUACCAGUUUUCAGAUGGCCCUUUUGAAGAAUUCUUUGACUUGUUCAUAAAAGGAGAAGUCGAAUUCGGUAAUUAUUUUGAUCAUUUGAUUCCUUGGUACGAAGCAAGGCAUCGAUCGAACGUAUUUUUCACUACAUUUGAAGAAAUGAAAAUGGAUCUGAAGAAAAUAGCUAUGAAGUUAGCUGAAUUUAUUGAUAAGACAGAAGCAGAAUACCUCCAAGAUAAUCCGGAGGUUUUAGAAAGCAUUUUACACAAUUGUACUUUUGCAGAGAUGAAAAAAAUUAUGAAUGAAGGAAUAUCCGUUAUGUACAGCAAAGAUCAUUUGGCCAGCUUACCGAAAGGACGCAGGCAUAUCAUUCAGUAUAUCGAAUCCUUCCCGAAGAGAAUUGAGACAGAUCGUAAAAUAAAUGUCAUCCGCAAAGGUGAAAUAGGCUCUCAUAAACAUGAACUGACUCCAAAACAAAAUGAAAUUUUGAGCAGAAUAAUACAGGAAAGUACAAAGGGAACGGACGUUAUGUCUCUGUGGGAAAAGUGGAUGUAAAUAUAAAAUUCACACUUGAAUAUUAACUGUUAAUUGAACAGUCGCAAAAAUUUAACAUUUUCUCUUAUUCGUUAAAAAUCGACAAUUAUUGUGGGUUUUACUAUACUUGUAAGUUAAUUGUGUUAAUAAAUACUUUAUAGAUAAUUCUACAUAUUUUAAUGAUAUAUUCAAAACUAAUAUACGAGGAAAGUCAAAAAGUAAAAGAACUUUUGCAAUUUCCCUUUUCAGGGUUCGGUAACUGUGCUGGUAUCCAGCGCUGAAUUAGCGUAGUCAGCAAAAUUUGUAUGCAGCGUGUCUCUUAUUCCCACGUAAGCCUUGGAGUGUAGUAGACCGUUAAAUAUGGCAGCUCCAUUGUCGAGCAGCACAAAGGAGGAAAUGAGGGCAGUUAUUCAUCAUAAACCGGAAAGUAAGGCUGCGAGCAUGGAUUGAAAACACUCAUCAUCAGCAGAAGUUAAGAAAUUUAAACAUCAACCAUCAGCUAGUAAAAUUAUGCUAAUAUUGUUCUGGGACAUGAAUGUUGUAGUAGCCGUUUCUUUCACCUCAAGAGGCGAAACUGUGAAAAAUGAGAACUAUUGCGAUGUGUUGCGCACUAAAUUAAAACCUGCAAUCAGUUCCAAACGUGGUGGGAAAACUGCGAAAAGGGUCACCCUGCAGCAAGAUAACACUCGGAUACAUUCUGACUAACGAACGGUCGAAACAAUAAAGGAGCUAAGAUUUGAAAUUCCGGAACACCCACCACACAAUCCAGACCUGGAUUCCAAGCGAUUUUCAUAUUUGGACGAUUGAAGAAAUCACUAAGGAGAAGAGGUUAUUGAUGCGAAACUUUUUUCGAACAGAAUAAAAAAGAUUGUGAAAUUUUGGGAAAAAUGCAUUAAAGCCCAAGAUAGUUAUGUAGGAAAAUAAUGUAUGUUUCAAUUUUCUAUCAUUAGAAUAAAUUCACCUUUUCUGAAAUGUUCAUUUGCUUUGUGGCUUUCUCUCGCAUAAUUUUAAAAAGUUUAAAUCAUGUUAUCAAACUACGGGUGCAACCUCUUAAAGAUAUGCAAAACAUUUAUUUCUUUCUCGUAUAUGAAUUAUAGAAAAAGCACUGCAAUUCUCAAGAAAAUUCGAUUUCGAGAUUUCGACGAAUUUCCAUAU